AUGGCGACUAAAGACGUUCAACCUCUGCCGGCAAAUAAACGGAAACCAAUGCCACGACAUUUUAGUGCAGACGACAAUGUUCACGAAUUGCUGGCUUUGUUGCGAAAUCAAGAAGAGAGCCCGGACAAGGCGCUUUUAAACGACACGAAAUGUUUGUUGUCCUUGUCGUUGGAUAGAAACACAAUGCCGCCAUUGCCUUCCAUAAAGUCAAAGACAACUACAAGACAAGGCACUGAAGAGCGAGGGAAAGCAGACAAAACAAACACAACGUCAACGGCUGAAGAAGGGAGUUUUGAAACGACUACUCCGAGUGAUGAUGAAGUAUCCGAUGCAACACAGUCGCCGACAUUUGCAGCAGUGUCCAACACGAAUACAAAAAUGCGUUUACCUUCGCUCGGUUCUAGAGAGGAAGCCGGUACUACCGGCAUUUCCAAAACCGCACCACAACCUCGUAAAACGUAG